AUAGAAACACAAUGUUUUCUCCAUGCAUAUUCGAUUAAGGUAUGAAAUCAUGAAGCUCCGUCUGUGCGGCUUGAAACUGCAUCGCUCAUUAUAAUCUGUCUAGAGGAGAGGAGAGAGCUGCGAGGAAAGCAUGGAAGUCAAGAUUAUGUUGCUUUCUCUAAUAUUGAUCAUCUUCAAAUCAGAAAAAGUUGAACCGGCAGAAGCAGGAAAUGAUGGAAUGACAGUUCAGCAAAUGUUUGGUUCAAUCCCAAAAACGAAAUGUCUUGCUGGAGACGCAGAUGGGCAGUGCAGUAAAACCUUUGAUGCUGCACAUUCUAUGAAAAGCAAUAAAGUUCAAUUUGGCCCACGAUUUCAGAAGAUACACCUCGAGCUGCCAAAAAUUAAUCCAGUGCGCACUGGCUACGUAAGAAACAUCGAUAUUACAGACACCAGAUCUCAUGAAAUGAAAACACUCUCAGUUCACCCUCCAGUGUUUGAAAUAAAAGACUUUCUAAGUUCAGAUGAAUGCGAGGCACUGAUAUAUCUUGCAAAAGAAAAGGGAAUGAGACAAUCACCGCCAGUUGCCAAGGACAUCAACUUCUCUGCAGAAAACAAUCAUUCUCUUUUCGACAAUUGGGAUGAGGAUCUAGAUGGAUCUUUGUCAUUUACUGAGAUUUCAAGGAUAAAAGAAAUUCAACAUUUACUGCUUGAUGAAGAACAGAUUUUGAAAAUGUAUGCUACGCUGGGAAUCAAGGCAGGCGAUAAAGGUCACGUGAGCUAUGGUGAGUUGGCAAGAGUUUCAUUCAUAAAGUUCAGAGAUUACUUGCAAGGCUUGAGUGAAAUGAAAGCGAUGGCAGCUGUCAAUCAAACUGAGCAAACCUGGAUGUGGCAUGACGAAGACGGACUGCUUGUCUUUGAUGACGUUUUUCAAAAUUAUCAUCAAAGGCUGUCAAAUUUGACGAGGAUUCCAAAGGAAUUGAUCGAAGAGAGUGAGCCACUGCAGGUGACACGAUUCAAGAAUGGCUCCUUCACAGAAUGUCGUCAUGACUCUGAUCCAUUCGUUCCCGAGAUCCCUUGCUGUGUCUACGGCUCCACGUCACACUGCCGAGCUUGCAGGUUUGUUUCUGUGAUGUACUUUCUCAACGACGCUGAAGAUGGUGAGCUGCUGUUUCCUUUGGCAAACAACAAAACGUUUUUGUGGGACAACCUUCAUGCUGAUACAACUAAGAUUUGUUCCAAGGCUCCCAACCCAUCAUUGUCCAAUUUGGUUAUAAAGCCCAAGAAAGGGACAGCAAUUAUGUGGUACAACCAUUAUAUAGGUAGAGGCACCGGAUGGAUGUCUACGCUGGACCCUAUGUCUUUUUACGGCGCUAACUCCGUGCAAAAUGGUGACAAGUGGGUCGCAACAACAUGGGUUAAUAUCUUAGGUGACGGGGUCAAUGAGCUCAGGCCAUGGAGAAUAGGGACUAAUUGGCUUUCAUCGAACAACAAAAGGAAGGAUUUGAUUGAAUUGAUGCGAAAUGACGAUUUUAUUGAAGGGGAGCCUUACUCCCAUGACGCUAAACUUACUGUUGUUGAUGAAAACGAGACUGCUGUUGAAAAGUCAAAAGUUGCGAACGAUACUGAUGGGUCUGUAAAAGAUUCUUCUUCGCAAGCAGAUUCAGGCAAUCCAUCAUUGCCUCUGCCAAAUAUUAACGCUGCUUCGACUGCAAAAGAAGGUGCACCAGAAACUACAUUAAAAAAUGACAAGUUACAAAGCAAAGAAAAUGAGCCAAAGCUUGCCACUUCUAAGGGCAAGCAUUCUAGUUCAAAUGACAUUAAAGAGAGUUUGCAAAAAACAUCUGAGAAACAAAAGAUGGAAAAAGAACGAAGUGCAAUUCAUGAAAGCAAGAUGAUUAGUAAUAAGUCAGAUAAGAAAGAUGUAAAUAAAGAAAGUAAAAAGGUCAACAGGAAUCGAUCGCCUGAGAAAGGAGAAGGUCCUCUAGGGCCACCAAUGAGAGGCCAGUCUAUCAGCAAAAACGAGGCUCCUGUUGGUCCUCGGGUAGAGGACACUUUGCCGUUUGUAACACCAUCAGGGAAGAUGGUUGAGAAUAAAGUGGUAGUAUCGAUUCUGAUGCUUAUUGAUGAACUAAGUCGCGAUGAACUUGAAAUAAUCGCACGAUCAUUGCACGAGAGACUACAAUUAGCGUGCAUACCAAUCAUGGUGAAUCCCAUUGGCCCGAUGUAACGUCACAAAAUCGAAUCUUUCCUAAAUAUUAGACAGCAUGCUCUCGCGGAAUGUCUUUCUCAUAAAUUCAAAUGCGCAAAUGUUUUUAAAUUUAAAAAUCUGAAUCUAAACGAUGAUUGCAAUGGUUCAAUGAAGACUUAAGCGCAGUAAAAACUGAGAAUGUAAAUCUGUAUAAAAGCCGCCAAUUCGAAGCUUGUUUCUUGUAAUUAAUUUGUAUCAUACUAACAGAAUCUGUUUUUACACUUUUGUCUUUGUUA